UGCCGUGACACGGGUAUUUCGAUGGUCUGACAAGCAUCCCCGCUCCCUACUGCGGAGGUGGAAGCUGUGGGGUAACAGAGCAAGUACAAAUAUAUCCAAGUUGCAACUUCUUACAAACAUUCUGUCGAAAUUCUUGGUCCGUCAAAGUUCGCAGCUCAAUCUGUGUUGUCUUCUAUCCACAAGUUUAGACAUUUCACCACAAUACACAUCUUCCCCAUCCCGUGACCCUCGCCCAAAGUUUCAAACCCCCUCCUAUAAUCACUAUCAAAAUGCGCGGCAAGAUCGCCCUCGAGGAAGCAUUCGCGCUCCCACGCUUCGCUGAAAAGCAACGCUGGUGGGCCGGCCUGUUCGCACUGGAUCCAGACAAGCACGUCGCCGAGAUCAACGACAUCACAGAGCAGCGCAUCAAAUACAUGGACGAGCAUGACGUCGGUUACACGCUGCUCUCUUACACAGCGCCCGGUGUGCAAGACAUCUGGGACCCGAAGGAGGCGCAGGCCCUCACUGUGGAGAUCAACGAUUAUAUCGAGGGUGCGAUCAAGGGGAAGGAGGACAGACUGGGGGCACUGGCCACAUUGAGCAUGCACUCCCCCGCCGAAGCCGCGGCCGAGUUGCGUCGCUGCGUCGCCAAGGGCUUCAAGGGCGCGCUCGUGAACGACACGCAACGCGCCGGGCCAGAAGGCGACGAUAUGAUCUUCUACGACGGGCCAGAAUGGGACGAAUUCUGGGGCACUGUGGCCUCGCUGGAGGUGCCGUUCUAUCUGCACCCGCGCAACCCAACUGGCAGUAUCCACGAGAAGCUGUGGGCGAAGCGUUCGUGGCUGAUCGGGCCGCCGCUGUCGUUUGCGCAAGGCGUCAGCCUGCACGUGCUGGGGAUGGUGACGAACGGGGUGUUUGACCGGCAUCCGACGCUGCAGGUGAUAAUUGGGCAUUUGGGGGAGCAUAUCCCGUUUGAUCUGUGGCGGAUCAAUCACUGGUUUGAGGAUAUCAAGAAGCCGCUUGGGCUGUCGUGCAAGAAGACGAUUCGCGAGUACUUUGCGCAGAAUAUCUGGAUUACGACCAGUGGGCACUUUUCGACACCGACGUUGCAUUACUGUAUGACCGAGCUGAGCGCAGAUCGGAUUUUGUUCAGUAUUGAUUAUCCUUUUGAGAAUUUCAAGGAUGGGUGUGAGUGGUUUGAUAAUAUGGAGAUAAAUGAUACGGAUAGGAGGAAGAUUGGGAGGGACAAUGCGAAAGCGUUGUUCAAGUUGGGGAAGUUCAAGGACUCAGAGGCGUAGGAUGGACGAACCAGGGGAUGAAUGUCUUGUGGGAUACCAUGUCUGCUAGAAAGAUGUGCGCAAUUUAUCUAUAUAUACCUGUUCUUUGGCAUAGUUAAUUGAAACUCUAUGAAGUUAGAUGUGAUGGC